AUGAAGGGACUGACCGCUGGGCGGCGAGAGUGGGCCGGGCUGCUUCCUGCGCACGCGCAGCGGGCUCAAGCUUCACGACAGGCCGGAAGCCGGCCCGGCUCUUCGCGCGCCGGCGGUUGUCCUGGCAACCGUGUGCUCAGCGGGCUGGAGCCCACUGAUGCAGUGAGCUGGGCCCGAGGACGCCCGGGUCACCCUGAUACACCACCCAACAUCUACGAGGGGGGGCUGGGGGCCCAGCAGCAGCCGCAGUGCCCCCGUGCCCAAGGAAGCAAGCCCAAGAACUUCCGGCUGCGCCACCUCCGGGGCCUGGCUCUCUACCUGCCAGGCCAUGUGCAGUUUGCUGGCCAGUGUGAGAGCCACUGGCUGGGCCGGCUCAUGGCCUGGGGGUGCUUCUCACAGCCAGAGGGCAUGGCCUGGCCCCUGGACCUACCACAGGGGAAUCUGGGCCCAGGUAUCAGCCACUGCUCAGUCCUUCUGGAAGCUCAACUGCCCAGGGGCAGCCUGGGAAAUAUAGCUUCCAGCUCCAGCAUGGACUCAGCCAAGGGUGUCCCCUCCCAGCCCAGUCCCCCUGAAGGCUUGGGGCUCAGACCCAAGAGAUCCUGGGGGGCCUCAGAGGAGUCCACAUGUCCCUUGUGCAAGAGAACUCGCUCUGGGGCUCUUGAGAGGCCAUAG